AUGGGGCCCAGUGGUGGUGUGAAAUGUAAUGAUGAUGUUCUUGAAGAGAUUCUUACGAAUAAACCCGUUUCCAGAGAAUGUUGUCUGAAGGUAGUAAAAGCCGGUAAAGAAUGUUACAUGGAAACUAUAAAGUUUAUAUUUCGAUUGUAUCAACUCAAACGUUUUGCUUCUCAAGUUUCUUUCAAAACCAUUAAGGUUUGGAAUAGAUGUUCUAUUGAAGUUGAAAAUCCUUCAUCAUCUCAGGAAAGUCCUUCAUAG